GAUAAACUAACUGUCAAUGAUACACAAAGAUGAAUAAUGUCUAGUAAUUGUGCUUAUAACAGACAAUGCUUUUUCUUGCUGGACUUUUGCUCGUGUCAUUCUUUGGCAGCUUUUCCAAAAGUUAUGUUUUGCUGUCUCCACGAGGAUCUUAUACAUGGAGUGAUGCGUAUGACAACUGUAAAGCAAAUAAAGGAUAUCUAGCAUCAGUGAUAAGCUACGAUGCCUCAGUUAAAUCAUCUUCAGCAUGGAUAGGAAAAGUUGAGCUGAUAUCAAAAUGGCUACAAAUAAUGGGUUGUUAUGUAUUUGAUAGUACAAGAGGCAAUCUAUUUCAAGUACCAACAAUAGCCGAUUGUGAGAUGCAGUGUAGUGGUUAUAAAUAUUUUGCAUUCAGAGCACAAAUUGAACCUGUAUGUCUAUGUAUGCCACAAAUGCCACAAAAGCUUUCAAAUGCACAUUACUGUGACAGUGUAAACACUUAUAGAUUUCUCAUCGUAUAUAGCAGUAAGUAA